AUGGCUCGAGGGUUAUUGAGCCUAUUCUUUCUUUUAUUCUUUUUUUCAAAUACUAUUGCCGACUUGACCGACCUUACCGAAGACCUGAGCACCUCCCUCAAGGCUCUCUCUGACGACAAGUACAGCUGCAGUAAGGAUAAGCCAUGCGAGAAUGGAGCCUGCUGUGGUAAGAAUGGCGUCUGUGGCUUCGGUAAAACCUACUGCGGUACCACCGGCAAGUCUCCCAAUGAUGCCUGCUGGAGUAACUGCGAUGCACAUGCAGAAUGCGGCAAAGAUGCAAAAGUCCCUGGUACCGGCUGUCCUCUCAACGUCUGCUGUAGUGAAUUCGGCUUCUGUGGUACCACCGAGGAGUUCUGCGGUGAUGGGUGCCAGAGCAAGGAAAACUGUAAACAGCCUGACUCCGGUGCCUCUUCCGGCAAUGUCCAGGAGCGCAUCAUCGGAUACUACGAGGCGUUCAAGUAUGAUUCGGACUGCCAGGGCAUGAAUAUCAAACAGAUACCCGUUGAGAGUCUAACUCACGUAAACUACGCCUUUGCUUAUAUCGACCCUGAUAGCUACGACAUUGGGCCCAUGCCAGACGUCGACGAAAAAACCCUGAAAGACUUCACUGCUCUUAAGAAGCGCAACCCGAACGUGGUUCUUGGUGUUUCGCUUGGUGGCUGGACCUUCAACGACAACAAAACAGACACGCAAAAAGUCUUUGCCGAGCUCAGCUCCUCGAAGGACAACCGGUCCAAAUUCAUCGACAAGCUUCUCUCCUUCAUGCGCCACUAUGGCUUCGACGCCGUAGAUAUCGACUGGGAGUAUCCCGGCGCUCCUGAUCGACAGCCCGAAGACUGGGACUCCAAGGACGAUGGUAAGAAUUACGUGAAGCUCAUGCAGGACAUUCGGAAGGCUUUUGACGACCAGGACCUUGAGUAUGAGCUCUCCUUCACUGCCCCAACCUCGUAUUGGUACCUCCGCUGGUUCGAUAUCCACGAAAUGGUCAAAGCUGCAACCUAUAUGAAUCUGAUGAGCUACGACCUCCACGGUGUCUGGGAUUCUAGCAAUCCCAUCGGUAGCCACGUCCUCGGGCACACCAACAUGACUGAGAUAAAUGAAGCCCUAAACCUUCUUUGGAGGAACGACGUCCCCGCUAAGAAAGUAAAUAUGGGUCUGGCCUUCUAUGCGCGAACCUUCGAGCUCAAGGACAAGAAAUGCGACAAGCCCGGCUGUGCCUUCAAGCACGGCGGCAAGAAGGGCGCCUGCACUGACACUGAGGGCAUCCUGUCCUACAAUGAGAUCGUCGGAAUUAUUGCCGAGGACGACAUCACCCCGGUCUAUGACAAGAAGAACGCAAUCAAGUAUCUCGUCUGGGAUGAGAACCAGUGGAUCUCAUACGACGACCAGCAGACAUUCCAGCAGAAGAUCAAGCUCUUUAACGAGAAGGGUCUAGGCGGUCUCCUGAUCUGGGCUAUAGACCAGGAUACCCGGAAUCUAGAUGCUCUUCGUGGUGUUCUGUACCCCAAGGACGUUAUCAUGACGGACAGCAUGAAGGACGAUACCAGCUACUGGGAAAGUCAGCAUCCGGGUGACUGCAGAACUACUGAGUGUGGUAAGCACUGUGGUCCGGGCACCAUUGAAAUGGACUCGUUUGGAUGUCCUGACGGCUCGGGUAAAGGUGACUCCCGUAUCUGCUGUCCUCUGGCUGCUGCUCCUGAUCCGAAGACUUGCCACUGGCGUGGUGGUGAGAGUGGAAGCCUUUGUAACGGGCAGUGUCACGGUGGUGAAGUGGCCCUGGCUUCUGCUGUUGAUGGAGGCAACGGUCACUGUUCAGAUGGACGUCAAUUCUAUUGUUGCCCUAUCCCCGAAGUUGCUGCUGGUGGCGGGAUUAAUUGUGGCUGGAAGGAUAAGUGCUCAGACGACCAAGAACCCUUGACUUUUGCCGGAACAUUCUUGUCAACUGUCUCCGAUGUGUUGGAUUACACCGGCUUGGUCGGCCAAGCCUUGAGUGAUUUCCUAGACGACGUCGACAUGGAAAACGAGCGGCAAUAUUGCUGCUCUAAAGAGGAAAUCAAGAACUGGAAAGACUGCUACUGGGCUGGAAGAGGUGGACGAUUCGCUGACAGCUGCGACGACAACCACUGUAAUACCGGACACGAAGUUGAACUUACUCUUAGCCCUUAUGGCGAAGGAGAGGACUGUUUUCCCACUGCCCGUCAGCGAGCCUUCUGCUGUACGCCCAAAAGUGGCGAGUCGUUGUUUAUGCCAGUUCCUUUGGAGUAUCUCUUUGAGAACCCUCCGGAAAAUGCUGAUGACCCGGAUUUCAAUAUCCAGGUCGACGACACCUGGGGCACUGGUGACGUUCAAGGUGAUGCUGACGAGGAGCCUGAUGAUGCUGCUUUCGGAUUCGUGGUUAUUACUGCUCCUGACGAGGUCCAGGUCAGCUUGGACAAGCGUGAUGGCUCGCCCUGGGAGCUGAUGGACUGCCCCGACACCGAUAGCGAAGAGGAGCACACCGUCCGCAUGAUCUGCACGGAGUCCAGCGAGGACAGCAAAUGUGACCACAUUCAUCGUGGACAGGGUGUUCCUGGCACUAUCCUUCAAAUGCCCAAUCGUUGUGGCCCCGGUCGGUAUGCCGUCGCAAAGGGACUUAAGGAGUCUCGGAACCAGACCCUCCCCGGACAUCUGAACAAACGUGACCUUAUUGGGAAAUCUGUCUAUGACCUGACAUUUGACUAUGAUUUCAAGCGUGUCCCUCGUGACUACGGCGACGCCAUGAUGCGGAUUGACUUUAGUAACCAGCCCGGAUACUGGGACUCUGUUGUCGACAGGCCUGGUGGUAGUGACGCCGAGCGAAAGAGCAAACGCGCAAAGCGAGAUGAAUCCGGCUACCAGAAGAACCGUAAGCGCUGGCUCGAAGAUGAAUGGCGAGAUGCAUAUCAUCAUGGUGGUAUAGAGCGCCAUGAGAUCCACAGACGCUGGUUUGGUGAAGAUAUUAUCAACUGGCUCGGUCAAUUGAUCUUUGUUGGCGAGGCCGAGGCCACCAAGGAGCUCAACCACAAAGUCAAUGAGAAGGUCGAGCUCAUUCUCAUAGACCAGCAGUUCGGACCGUGCCCUGUUGGUCCGGCCCAGGCGCAGGCGAACAUUCGAUCCACUAUCACAGCUGAGAUUGACGUCGAGACCUCCUUCGGUAUCACCAUCAUCACCACCCUUACGCAGGGAAUGGAUCUCAGCAGAUCUUACCUCUACUUCCGAAAUGCCGGAGAAGUCAAUGCCAAGUUUGAACUUGACGCCGUCGCCUCCCUUACCUACUCUACCGGUGAUAUCAAGCUGCUCGGUCUCGACGACUUCCCCGGCGCCACUUUCCGUGUCCCCGGAGUCGUCACAAUCGGCCCUAACCUCGCCGUCUAUGCCUCAGCAGACGCCUCUCUUGUCUUAGCGGGCCACCUCGAAGCAGAUGUUUCACUUGCAUCGUGGGAAAUCCAACAGACAUACCCUCAGAACGAUGAAUACCCAGAACAAGCCCUCGACGAGCCCGACCGCGAAGCUAAAACCAUCGGCAAGCCCUCAUUUGAUGCCUCUGUCACUGCCAAUGGCGAAAUUGCCUUGCAUCUCAAGCCCACUGUCAGCUUUGGAAUCGACUUCGACGACCGCUGGAAGGUGCCUCGGUGCGCUGUUGAUCUUGUGUUGGACGGUUACGUGAUCGGACACGCAGAGGCCCACUACUCACUCAAUGGUGACAACAGCUGCCCCUUCAGCUAUGGUAUUGAUGCCGGCUCGACAAUGUAUGCACAGCUCGACGCACCCGAUGAGUUCGGCUGGGGCGAUGACCUCCGUGUCACACUCGCUGAGGUGCCCAGGAAGCAAAUCACGCCUUCGACUUGUGUGGGCGACAGUGGUGACAAAGAUAAGCGGGCAUGGAUGGGCUAUGAGGCUAUUAAUGCCUCUACAGAAGAUGUCUCCCCACACAGCCGGGGCCUCAUGCCUAUGCCGGUGUCUCAUGGGCUUGCCAAGCGCGACACACUUACCCUCGGACCUUUGGUUACGAUUCCCGAUAGCUUCCUUAACUGCCCUGGAGAAGGGGGCGGGAAGAACUUCUGUGUGAUGUGCUCAAUGUUCGGCAAGGAGAGCAGCGACAAUAAAGGCUCGAAAAGAGAGAUUCCGCCGCUAUUCCGCCGCGACGAAGACGAUUCCUGCCCUUACUAUCCGCCUGGUGAUGACGAGAAGUGUACCGAUUCGGACUCGUCGCUUUUUGCACGCGCGUCAGAUCCGAAUACUGCCAAGAAAAUGACUCUCAGUUUCCUGAGCACGAAGAAUAAAUUUACGUAUCUGAGAUAUCCCAGGUGUAACGCGAAGAACAAUGGGCCGUCGAGUGUGGCGAAGUGGUAUCUUCCUGAGUUCAUGCUCUCUAGCUCAACUGAUAUUAACGACAACCGACGGUGCUCGGCAAAGACAACCAAGGAGAAUUCCGUCCAGGGAGCGAACAAUGUCUACUACGUGGAUGGAAACUCGGAUCUACCCGCUACGGCCUUCCGCUCGGAGCACGUCUUCGAGGUGCACCUGGUCAGCCAUUUCCUUGAGUGGGUGUGUGGAGGAACAAAAGAAGCCAAGUACGGGAAUCUGAGGAGCAAGCUUGCUUUCCCUAAGGAUUGGAAGCCUGCUGAUUCUACUUGGUGCAAUGAGGUGUUUGGAGGGUCUAGUGGUGGGAUGACUUGGUCGAGGAACAACGGCCCCAAAAAGAACUGGGUCCAGCAUACGGCCGACGUCCUAGGAAGUGCCUCCAAUACUGACCUGCUCGUUCUCUACCACGACUCGCCCAACGGAGUUAAGAAGGUCAUCACAGAAGGAAACCAGCCUGAUCUCGAUAUCAAUCUCGCAGAGAAGGGUCUAGCGGACAAGAUCAUGAUGAGCGCCACUGUUUUCGACUACAUCCGAACCCUCAGCGACAAAUGGACCAAACCCAGCCAAGACAUCGAAUUAAUCUCCGACGAAUUUGACCAUGAAUAUACCCGCCAAUACGUCAACAGCCCACCGUCGGGCAAGGCGCUCGAGAAGCCUAAGGCCCCCCGCGAUAUCAAACAUUGGGGUCUGCGUACCCUAUGGGCCUAUUGGAUCGACAGGCACCUAGACCAAAUUGAAAAGGUUCAGAGCGGAUGGCACCAAGUCGCUAAAACAAGAAUGGAAGGCAAGGGCCAGAACAGCCCAGACGCGAAGAAGUUUGCGUCUCAGACUAUGACGACGGGCGACGCAGCGGUGGGCAAGUUCAAGUUCCCACAGAAGAACUUGGGUAAACCGCUCCCUGGUGAUCCGACGAGUUCAUCGAAUGAUAAGAGUAGGUACGGCAUGUGGGGAGACAAUCAGCUAGGAAAGCUCGGCCUGUAG